GGUCAGUCGUCACCUACAGACAUGUUCCAGACGUUGGUAGUGGUUGUGCUGGUGGCCGGGGCUCUGGCCGACAUGAAGCCCGUGGGUAUUGUGCACAUCGAGCAGCAUCACCCAGACGCGAACGGCGCUCACAGCUUCGACUUCGAGGCCGAGAACGGCAUCAAGAUGCACGUGUCCGGUAAUCUGGGCGAGAAUGGCGGAGAAAACAGCAUCGGCCACUGGAGCUACCCCUUGGAGGACGGUAGUAUUGCUUUCCUCAAGUUCGUGGCUGACGAGAACGGCUACCAGCCCGAGUCCGACCUGCUGCCCGUGGCCCCGGAGUUCCCCCACCCCAUCCCCCAGUUCGUCCUCGACCAGAUCGCCUUCGCCGAGGCCGAGAGGGAGCGCAAGGAACGCGAAGGUCACACUUCAGCAGAGUAAACACUCCACAAGACCUGAAUUUAGGCUGCUUAUCACCAUCAUCAUCAUCUCCUCCAAA